AUGAAGGGUGUCCAAAGCAACAAAGCUCUAUCCUCCAAAGCUGGUGAAGCUGAAGACAGUUGGGUCUCAGAAGGUGAUCCUUGGCAGAAUUUCAAACCGACUUCGCACAAGUCUGAGGAAGUGGUCUUCACACAGAACCAGCAACGCCCCUCACAAGAGGCCCGCUCCAGGAUGUCCCAGAUGCAGCAAGAGAUCCACGACCUCAAGAGUCAGCUGGAGAAGACGGGCACAGAGGACGUGCACAUGACUUCUAGUUCGCUUGCACAAUCCUCUGAGCUGCAAGAACUGCGUGCACAGACCAAGAAGCAUGAAAGCUGGUUUGCUGAGCAAAACAACCGAAUGACCAGUUUUGAAACCACAUUGCAGGCUCAGGGACAGCAGAUUUCACAGCUGAAUGAGUCUAUGCAGUAUCAGUCUUCGGCCACUUCGGCGCUACAGCAUCAAACGGUUGAAAUGCAGACGUCCUUCAAGGAUCAGCUUACCUCCAGCUUUGAUGCACAGAAUGCCAGGCUUGAAGCAUUGUUGGAGAAAAGGAGGGUGUCCGAGGUGAUGCAGUUACCGCCGGGUAUUUGGUCCUUCAGCGAGACACAGCUCACUGAACAGGGCUUUCGUUCCUUUGCUUCACAAGCUCGUCAUUUAGCCAAAGAACAGGGCCGACAGCUUCGAAUACACUCAGGCGCUGCUGCGCCCCCUCGCUUUUUGGGUUCUGCUGCUGGUGCUUGGACGGGUGCGCUUACUAUGUCUGACUUCCCUCAGCAACUUGUUCAUCCACAAUGGAAGGGAGCUGAAUUUGAAUCAGGCAGAUUGCUCAUGAACACCGUUCACAUUGGUGGCUUGACUCUCACAGGGUCUACUUUGUAUGGUCCUGCCAAUUCGCCUACAUGGAAGCAGCCUUUAUCUCUGCUCUCAGAACUCAUUGACACGGUCACUGAGGAGAUCGUCCUUGGAAGAUCUGGAUUGCGAUAUGUUGCAGGGGAUUUCAACUGUGAUCGCAUGCAGCUUCCGCAAUUUCAUGAGUGGUAUCGUAGAGGUUGGCGAGAGCUUCAACAAGUUGCCUAUGACCGUUGGCAGCAGCCUUUCCAGCCCACAUGUAAGGCUUCAACUCAGCGUGACUUCUUCUGGGCUAGUCCAGAGCUCUUGCAACGACUGCAGCAAGUGGAAGUGUGGCACGAUUUGUUCCCGGAUCACUCCGUUGUGGUGGGGCACUUUGACCUUGCUCGGAGUUUGGAACCGUUGUACUACUGGCCCAUGCCGGACUUUCGCAUGAACUUCAGAAGUUUUGAGCAGUGGCACAUCGACGAGAUCUGCUUUGCUCAAAUUAAGGGCACUUUCUGGCUUGAUGACGAGCAGAUUGAAGUGGAACAGAGUAAGCAAGUUGAUUUCCCAGCCCAACAAG